GAAAUGCCUGCACAGGAGGAGGAAAUGUCUCUGACCAAUGAAGCCCGAGCGCACCUCCCUUACGCUCCGAAUGACAAGCGCUCGGACCUAUUGGUGACCCCGCGAUCGCGCGCCGCCUGUUAUUGGCAGAUGUGAGGCCAAUGCUGUGGUGCUGAGAGCCGUGCGUGCUGGAGCAGGGCAGAGAGGAGCGUUUCUCUGAGGGAGAAGUUGGCUGGAGGUGCUGAAGAUGGCGGAUGGAGACAGCGGGAGCGAGCGCGGUGGCAGUAGCGGCGGCCUCCAGCACUUCCAGCGGGAGCAGGAGACCCAGGAGCUGGCGUCCAAGCGUCUGGACAUCCAGAACAAGCGCUUUUACCUGGACGUCAAGCAGAACGCCAAGGGACGCUUCAUUAAGAUAGCGGAGGUGGGCGCCGGGGGCUCCAAGAGCCGCCUGACACUUUCCAUGUCCGUGGCGGCGGAGUUCCGCGACUACCUCGGGGAUUUCAUCGAGCACUACGCCCAGCUGGGGCCAAGCAGCCCGGAGCAGAUCGCUCAAUCAUCCGGUGGGGAUGAUGGCGGCCCGCGGCGGGCGCUCAAGAGCGAGUUCUUGGUGCGCGAGAACCGCAAAUACUACCUCGACCUGAAGGAGAACCAGCGCGGGAGGUUCCUGCGCAUCCGCCAGACCGUCAACCGAGGUCCCGGCUUCGGCGUCGGCGGAGGGGGCGGUCCCGGAGGAAGCGUGCAGUCCGGCCAGACCAUCGCGCUACCUGCGCAGGGCUUGAUCGAGUUCCGAGACGCUCUGGCCAAGCUCAUCGACGACUACGGCGGGGAGGAUGAGGAGCUCAGCGGGGGGCCUGGAGCCGCGGGGGGCUACGGCGAGCUUCCCGAGGGCACCUCCAUCAUGGUGGACUCCAAGAGGUUCUUUUUCGACGUCGGCUCCAACAAGUACGGCGUGUUCCUGCGGGUCAGCGAGGUCAAGCCCAGUUACAGGAACUCCAUCACCAUCCCCUUCAAGGCCUGGGGGAAGUUCGGAGGAGCCUUCUGCCGCUACGCCGAGGAGAUGAAGGAGAUCCAGGAUAGACACCGGGAUAAGAUGUACGAAAGGAGAGAGGAGUCCGAGGCCGAGGACGUGGACGACGACUGACACCAGCUUCGCCAGGAGAUGACCACACGUGUGAAACAAUAAGUGCAUGAACUGAACUCAAAUAGCCUACUAAAAUAUUCAUGGGACAGAAAACUAGAUCUGUGAAAUUUCUAUGUGGUGAGGGUUUGGGGAGGGGGGUUGUUUGUGUUGAAGCCAUGGGGCAAAGGAUGUCUCAUGGGGUAUGACUUAUGCCUGAUGCUGCCCUGUCCUGUCAAACCAGCAAGUUUAAUUGUCUUAGCCAACAAUUAAACCUUUGUUACAUCGACGCCAAGGCUGCUGAAUUUCCAAAGUGGCCCGUAUACGAUAAUACCAGGCUAUAAAGGUUCAUACUGUCCAACACAUGUUUUUAGAGGGGAGAAAUUUAGUAUAUAUAUACAUAGGGUCACUGGUCUUCAUGGUGUGUUUCCUUCCCAGGCAGCGUGGGACUUUCACAACUAUUAUCAAAACGUGCAUCAGAAAUUGUUUUAUUUUUUUUCUUUUAUAAACAGAUGUUCCCUAAGCUGUUGUUUUAGGGUUUUCGUUCUCACAUCAACAUGAUUUUUAUGUUUUGCCCAAUUUGAGCGAUGAAAAGUUUUAAAUUCAGAUUUCAAGGGGAAUGUUUUGACCUCCGAUUUUGUGUUGACAUGUCUCACAGCGAGACUUUUUAAAUCUGAAGUCAACCAGUGACGUUAGUGAUGAUAAAUUGUUGCUUUAUGCACACAACCGGUGUUAUAAAAUGACAUCCGGUCCGGUGUGAAAUGUUGGUUUUGGGGUCAACAUACAAAAAGCUUUGUCUUUUUUUAACUUGGGUCCAAGUCCCCUCUGACUAUUUAAGGACAGAUUGCUUAAGUCGAUAGAUUAGUUCAUAUAAAGGACAGAGCUACAUGGGUGAGUGUAUUUUCACCCCGUCCCCUUUUGCGUUGUCAUUUUUUUUAAGAUUGUUCUUUAUGAGAGAAUACGUAAACAAACCAGCAUAUUUUUGAAUACACAAAGUAAAAAUUAUAUAUAUAAACUACAGAAUUAUUAAGGCUCAAGAAGCUAAUUUUGUAAAAAAAAAAAGAAAAAAAAAGAGAAGAUAAAUAAGCUGGAAUUGAAAGAUUGUCCAGUGUAUUUGUUUUGUGGAAGAGUAUAGGAUCAUAUAUGAGAUUAUCCUUGUGGAAAAUCACGCCCCUCCUCCAAGCUCCUCCCACUACCCCUUUUGAGUUUACAGCACGCAUAUGUUUUCUUUCUACGUGAUUAAUAUCAAAAACGUCUUUCCGCUGGUAUAUCGUGCGUCCAUUUCUGUGCAUGCCCGUCCCGCAUUUGCCUUUUUAUUUAAUUUAUUGCUUUCUCUUGCGUAGUAUCUGCAGCUAUAUUAAUGCAAUAUUUUUGUUUAGCCUUUCACCAAAAAUAUUCUAAAAAAUAACCAAGUAGACCAGUGGGUUAUGAUGGAGAAAGAUUGUUAACGUUGAGUAUAUUUUAUCCGUGCACUUUAGCAAAAACACAACCUGCGAUAUGCUUGUAUCCACGGCGAAGAAUUGAGUUUUUUUCUUGGGAGCAACAGUGUUUUGUGCUCGUGUGUAAAACCUCCAUACUGUUUUGUGUUAAAUGGCAGCUGUUGAAGUCAUGUGUACUGCUGUGAUACAGACGAAUUGCAUCGAGCCUAGUAUAUGAGAUAUAACGUUAUGAAAUAUUUUCACACACUCCUAUCUAUUGGCCGCGGAAUUGUAAACGGAUGCCAACUCGUUUUCUGUGCUUUCACGAUUGCGGCAGCUGUUUCUCUUCAACAGCGAGCUGACUAGGCAGGCCGGCUAUUUUAAUGCGAGAAGCAUGAAGAGGGUGAGCAUUCCUGCCCGGGUGGCCGUGGAUUCAGCUGUGCCGUUUGCUCUGAAGUGCGUCGAGGCACAAGGGCCCGAUUGUUGAGCCGUCCGCACGCCACUGCAAAUGUUAUUACAUCAGCAGACUGCAUUUGCUGCACGUGAUGAGAAGCCGCAGCCGUAUAGUGGAGAAAAAUGAUGUUGUAACGUGCAGCAUAAGAGCGUUUUCUGCGUUGCUGCUGGACUAACCUUCCAAAACAGGCCCCAAUUUGGCAGCCGAACCUGAACGGCAAUAGAAAGCGUGACACAGCAGCUGUUGGCAGGACAUUCUUGCGUUUCUCCCCCGCCCGCCCCUCCUCAGCUGCUGUUCGGGUUGCUCCGCUAAACUGAGCAUUUGUAGACGGGAGGCACCAUUCGGGACUCAAGGGGGGCUGAGUUUUACAACACGACUCGCUGCUCAACUUGCUCUAGGAAGGAGAUUUGCCAUGUCCUUGUGGUUCUUUGUGGUUACGCUGGUGUGUCUAAAUCAGCACCAUUUGUAGAUCACGUGUGCAUUCAUUUUGAUUGUAUGACCCAUCAGUACUAUUAGCGAAGUGAAUGUGUCAUGUUGAAGAACCAAGAUGGUUGACUAAUUUUGUGUAAAAAGAAAAAAGAAAAAAAAUGCAAAUGACCGACAAAAAAGCCAUUUUAGCCAUUAUUUUCUUCACUUUAAGGUGUAUACAUGCAUUAAAACCCUCUUCUAGGCUGCUAAAUGUCAAAAUGGAGAAUAUCACAGCACUUUUUUUCAAUGACCUGUCCAUUUAAGAUGUGGAAUCGGGCACAAAUCUCUUGCAAAACACCAGAAAUGGACUUUCUUUCAACUGAACUUGGCUGUGUUUAUUUCAAAUGUAUUUAUAUAUAUAUAUAUAUAUAUAUAUAUAUAUAUAUAUAUAUAUAUAAAAUAUAAAAUAUUCUAAAAAAUGCUGGGUUAAAAACAACCUAAGUUGGGUUGAAAAUAUACAAACCCAGCGAUUGGGUUGUUUUGACCCAGUGGUUGGGUUAAAUAUUUGUCCAACGUGCUCGGCAGUUUUACUUAACUCAACUAUUGUUUAAAAAUUACUAUAUUUGUGGCUAAAAAUGAACCCAAAAUAGGUUGAAAAUUAAAAAUCAGACACAUAAUUACUAGAGGCAACAAUAAUAAUCAAAAGGUGAACAUUUAAUAAUGAGCAAAUGUUUGUUUAAUUAUUUUUCAUUAAACUUAUUAAUAAAUGUUCAUUUCCAACAUGCUUUGGGUUCGUUUUAAGCGAGCAAUACAGUCAUUUUUAAACAGUAGUUGAGUUAAAUAAAACUACCCAGCAGGUUGGGUCAAACAUUUAACCCAGUUGCUGGGCUUGUCCAUUUUCAACCCAACUUGGGUUGUUUUUAACCCAGCAUUUUUUAGAGUGUGUGUAUAUAUGUGAGAAUAUGUACUGUAAAGAUUUGUGUUUUGUUUCCACCUUAUUGUCACUAAAAAAAUAUCAGGGACAGGAAGCAAUACUCAUCCAUAGGGAUGAGAUUAUGAGUUCAUUUCCUGUCAGGCUCUUUGCUGACUCUCACAAUUGGCUGAUUUGUUUUCCUGUUUCCUGAGGUUGGGAUUUGUGCAAAGUUCUGUGGGGCGUCCGCAUGCUUUUCAAAUGAACAAUACCUCUGUUCCACUGUACGAAAGAUUGGAAAACUUCUGAAAGAAUGUUCUGUUAUUUCAGGCGACUCACCCGAGCUCUUAACAGCAUCCAUGUGUCAACCACUGUUGUUUUUAUUAACACCGUUUUCCUGAUCGUACGCACAAGAGCAACAAUUCAUAGAACAAUCUUUAUUGAAAGGUAGCUAUUUUUCCAAUAUAUCGUAUGUUUUCAGCAGAGAUUUUAACGUGGGAAUGCCCUGGUUUAAACUCAGGUUCUUGGCAUUCUCAGAAUAUAUAUUUGCUCAGUUCAUUUUCUAUCUGAUACUUGAUACUGACGUUACAGAGUGAGUUCACAGCUACUGCAGGACACUGUCAAGAGCUCAGGUCUCAGAUACUCAAAGUAUCUCCACCCACUCCAUCAAGCCCCGCCCCCAGGCUAGACUGCCUCUGUCAGAACAGGCAGCCUUCCAUUUUUCCCAUGGCUGAACUUUUUUUUUUUUUUUCUCUGAGAUUUACAAGUCUAUAUUUAGAAAAUGCUAUGUAUGUUUGUAACAGAAUAAAGGAAAUUAUAAAUGAUGGAAAGCAAAA